AUGUCCGACCCCCGCCCAGAGACGUCCCUCGACGACACCCCCAGGCAUGCCGGCACCGCCCCUGUCAGAGCCGAGUACCUCAUUCGCGCGACUCCCAUCGUCGAAUCCACCUCCGCCGCCGACUUGAACGAUAUCCACCCCGCCGACGCCGCCAAAGGCCACACCCCCUCCGACUCGCGCGACUCGCGCGACGGGGGCGACUCGCGCGACUCGAAGCGCCGCAAACCCAACAAGGCCGACAAGAAGGAGCGCAAAGGCCAGAACAAGGGCCGCAAGUUUGCCAUCGUCCGGGAGGCGAGUGUACGCAUCUGCAGGGCAUGGGAGACGACGGGGGAGUGUGAGAGGGGGGAGGGCUGCAAGUUUAAGCAUAGCUGGGAGGGGUACUUUGAGGUGAAGCCCGCGGAUAUUGGGUAUAGGCCCGAGUGGGAGAAGCGGGACGAGCCGCCGUAUGUCCGCCUUGGGGAGAGGCUUGUGGGCGGGGAGGAUGCGUUGGGCAAGACGCUGGAUCUCAACACUGUCUGUCCUGUUUACAAGGAUCUCGGGUACUGUCCCUUUGGCUGGCGAUGCCGUUUCCUCGGCGGCCAUAUCAACAAGGUCGACCCCGCAAAGGAGGAGCAGAAGGGCGGGCCGCAGAAGAGGAUGGGCGAGUGGCAAGUCGAGGGGUGGGAGCAGAGCGAGUUGAAUGAGGAGGGGUGGAAACAGGGAGAGACGAAUUGGCCAGAGUUUGAGAAUCUGCAGAACCUGAGGCAUAGUACUGCCGCAUUCCCCUUCUCAACCGCCUACCUCGCGCACGUCGACCCUGAAAAACCAUUUACGCUCGGCGACAGAAACGACUCGCGCAACAAGCCUCAAAAGCGCAAGAAGACUGUCGUCCUCGACGAAGAAGAAGCUGCCAACGAGGUGGAAGGGGAUGAGGAGGCGCAGAAUCAGGUGGAGGAGGUGAAGGGGUAUGUGCUGGGGGAGAGCGAGAGUUUUGAUGUGCCGAUGAGGCCGGAGGAGAAGAGGAGGUUGAAUUGGGAGGGGGGGAGGUAUCUUGCGCCGCUCACUACGGUUGGCAAUCUUCCUUUCCGCCGUCUCUGCGUCGACUACGGCGCCACCAUCACCAUCUCCGAAAUGGCCCUCGCCCAGCCUCUCGUCUACGGCGCCAAAGAAGAAUGGGCCCUCGUCCGACGACACGCGUCUGAAAAGAUGUUUGGCGUGCAGCUGGCGGGCGGGUUCCCGAAUAGGAUGGUCCCCGCGGCGGAGGUGUUGGCGAGGGAGGUGGGGAGUGGGGUGGAUUUUGUGGAUGUCAAUAUGGGGUGCCCGAUCGAUCUGGUGUUUAACCAGGGCGCUGGGACGGCUUUGAUGGACUCUCCUGGACGUCUCGGCAAGAUUCUGGUCGGUAUGAACAGAGCUUUGGGCGAGAUCCCUCUCACCGUCAAAUUCCGAACCGGUGUCGCCCACGGCAAGCCGAACGCCCACAAGCUCAUCCCUCGUUUCGCUACCGAAUGGGGAGCCAGCGCCUUGACCCUGCACGGACGAUCGCGCCAACAGCGAUACUCCAAACCCGCCGAUUGGGACUAUAUCAAGUCGGCCGUCACCACCCUCCGCGAGUCUGUCGCCGACGCCAACCUUCCCCCCGUGCCGAUCUUUGGGAACGGCGACUGUUUCUCGGCGGCGGGGUAUUACGAGGAGAUGGAGAGGAGCGGGGUGGAUGGGGUGAUGGUGGCGAGGGGGGCGUUGAUCAAGCCGUGGAUCUUUACGGAGAUUAAGGAGAGGAGGGAGUGGGAUAUCUCGGCGGUGGAGAGGUUGGAGGGUAUCAGGAAGUUUGCCGAGUUUGGUCUCUCCCACUGGGGCUCCGACACCCAAGGCGUCAACAUCACCCGCCGAUUCCUCUGCGAAGCCCUCUCCUUCCAACACCGCUACAUCCCCAUCGGUCUCCUCGAACGUCUCCCGGCAAAGAUGAACGAGCGGCCGCCGGCGUAUAGGGGCAGGAACGAGCUGGAGACGUUGUUGGCGAGUCCGUUUGUGGGGGAUUGGGUCAAGAUUUCAGAGAUGUUUUUGGGGAGGGUGGAUGAGGGGUUUGAGUUUGUGCCGAAACAUAAGAGUAAUGCGUAUGGGGGGGAGGAGGCGCAGGGGUAG